AUGGAGGCCAUCAACUAUGCCGACCCGGACAUGAGGAUGCUCAACCGCCCGCGGAAGCUUUCCAACUCGUCAACAUCUAGUUCCUUCAGCACGUCGCGUGAGAGCUUCGCGUCGGUCUCUAGGACGCCGUCGUGGAGUAGCGCCACCAGCUUCGAAUCUAUGGAUUUCAUCAGUCGUCGAUCGACCGAGUAUGGCUACUCAAGGUCCUCUGCCAGCAGCGGUAGGCCACAGAUGCACCGAUCCAAACCUGGCGAGCUGUUUGCGGCACUUCCCGGGGAGGUGCUCGAGGUGAUCCUUGACGAGCUGAAGAAGUUGCAUCUCAAGAAGACGUCCGAGAGCUGCUCUACGUGUUGGGCGAGGGAUCUCUGCUCGAUUUCGCUUGCGUCGAGGAAGUGGUCUAAAUUUGCCCGCACAUCGCUAUACGAGGACAUUCAACUCAAUGGCCCAGACUCGGCGGCGAUGAAGAAACGUUACAAGGGCUGCGCGAACCCCCGCCUCGUUCUCCUUCGCCGAACGCUACGAGCAAACCAGCAUAUUGCCGUCAUAGUCCACUCACUCAAGGUUCCCGCGGUACCCGAAGACACACCCCUUGAGGCUUACCACGAUCUAGUCGCGUCCGUGAUCAUGGCUUGUCCCAACUUGGAGCGUCUUGUUGGGCUGUAUCCUCGCUACACGCACCAAUUUGACCGCCUAUUCCACGCUCUCUCGACGCGUCGGAAGCUUAAGCACAUGGAUUGGAUGAUUGACGGUGUUUCGGCGAUGCAGAGGCCCCAGACUCGCUCUGGAGCCAAGCAGCUCAUCAAGAGUCCGCCGAUGGGCCAGCAGCAAGGGCCCUUCCUCACACCGAACGACAUCUUACCAGGUCAAAGCUCGGCUUUCUUGGAGCUCCAUUUUAACUGGAGCCACCUGACGACACUGACGAUUCACACACUUCCUGGCGGCUCGCUGACUCCCGACAACCUCAUCACAACAGCCAUUUCCUACCUCCCGUCUCUCCAGCAUCUUUUCCUGUCAAACCUCCCCUUUACUGCGUUCAAGGACGAUAGCCUGCUUUCUCUCCCCGCGUUGAAGACGCUGUCUCUGUCGUAUCUGUCGGGAAUCACCUCGAACGGUCUAUCGAACUUUGCGACUCGCUCCGCCAGCCGAUCGAUCCAACGGCUUGUGCUCCGACAUAUCAACAUCGACGAGAUGCCGGCGCUUGCCCGUGUCCUCUCGAACCUCGUCUGCUUGGAGAAUCUCGCUUUUGUGCAGUCCUUCCCGCCUCUGAUGCCCGAGGAUAACUUUAUCCUCCUCAUGCCUUACCUCGCAUCGAACUCGCUGCGGAAACUCCACUGGGACAUCACGAGCCACACGAACUGCGUCAACGCCGCCGAUUCGAUCCUCGCCCGAAGCAUCGCAGCCAAAGGUUUCCCAGCCCUGCGAAUCCUCCGCGCACCUAACGACCCCGAAGGGCUCUUCCAGGGCCUCUGCCGACCACGUGACCGAGCCGACAUGCCGGGAGACAGAUUCAGGCCCAUUACCAGCCACGCGCGAAACAUGAGCGGCAGCGGCAAGUCUGCGCUCUCGGUCCCAGCUUCGCCCACAGUAGCGACAGCAGCAGGGGUUAAAUCGCCGACGAGCCCCGCGUUCGCACCCGACGCGUCGAUCCUCGCUCCGGCGACGAACCUGCACCAGGCACGAUUGGCAGCUCAAGCGCGUCUCGAGGCGGCAUGGCGGCUCCCACGGUACCAUGUCAACGUUGUGGAUGAGAACGGUAUGCUCGUCGACAAGUUUGGGCUUGCGGGGUUCAUCGGCACGACGGAGAGUAAGAUCCGGUAUGACUUGACGCCCGACCCUGGUGCCAAGGAUGAGAAUGGCGGGUUAGUCGAGGCCAGCGAUUUGUUGGGUGAUUGUGGGGAGAGGGGCACGGAUAUGUGUAGUGGACGGUGGAACAUGCCGACGGCGCCGGUGGAUAGGAAGGACAAAGAUAAGGAUAAGGAGAGGUGGUGGCACACUGAAAGGGGUCGGUGGACUGGUGUUGAGCUAUGA